AUGUUCUACCUCCAUCUUCACCACCCCCAAACCCCUUCUUAUUCUCAAACUCAUUCAUCAAACCCUCUCAUCCCUAACCGUAACCCUAACAGAAACGGUUACAUCAAGUUCCGAACAACUCACCGUGAGAAUCUCCGUUACCUAAAAUCACUAACCAUAAUCGACCCCAGCACCAAACCCCACAACCUCCCUCCCCCCGACGCCGUCGACCACAUCCUCACCACCGUCAAUUUCCUCAAAUCACAUUCCUUCUCCGACGCCGACAUCCCCCGUCUCGUUCACCACUCUCCCCGUCUCUUCUCCGCAUCCUUCAACCCCGACGAAAUCUCCCCCGUCUUCAACUUCCUCUCUAACGACCUCCUCGCCACCGUCGACGAAUCCCGCGGCCUCAUCCUCCGGUGCCCUAACCUCCUCUUCACCGAUCCCAACCACAUCCUAAAACCAACACUCCAAUUCCUCCGGGAAAUCGGUAUCCGCGGAUUAAACCGGCCGACUAACCGAAACGCGCAUUUGUUGAACACGCGCCUGGAGAAGCUUCUACUAAGGGUGAGAUUCAUGGAGGAGGUGGUGGGGUUUUCUCACGAGGAAGCGAAUAACGCGUGCGCGAGGUUGCCGGCGAUAUUGGGAUACGACGUCGAGAAUAAUUUGUGGCCGAAAUUUGUGUAUUUGGUGAAGGAAAUGGAGAGGGAUUUGGAGGAGUUGAAGAAGUUUCCUCAGUAUUUUGGGUUUAGUUUGGAGAAGAGGAUUGCUCCAAGGCAUUUGCAUUUGAAGGAAAGAGGUGUUAGGAUUCCAUUGAAUAGAAUGUUGAUGUGGGGUGAUGAAAAAUUCUAUGCCAAGUGGAAGUGA